UUUAUUUCAUUUGGAUUUCAAUUUCAUUUCAUUCAUACUCUUUCCCACCGCUUUAAAUACACAAAACCGCAAUUUUUUCUUCCUUCAUUUUCAAGAACGCUUAAACCCUCCUCCUCCUUCUCUCUUACUUCUCCAUAAUCACUGGUUUUAAAAGAUGGCAGAUGCAGAAGAUAUUCAACCCCUUGUCUGUGAUAAUGGAACAGGAAUGGUUAAGGCUGGAUUUGCUGGUGAUGAUGCACCAAGGGCUGUUUUUCCUAGUAUUGUCGGUCGACCUCGACAUACCGGUGUUAUGGUAGGGAUGGGUCAAAAGGAUGCAUAUGUUGGUGAUGAAGCUCAGUCAAAAAGGGGUAUUCUCACCUUAAAGUAUCCAAUUGAGCAUGGAAUAGUAAGCAACUGGGAUGAUAUGGAGAAGAUUUGGCAUCAUACCUUUUACAAUGAGUUGCGUGUUUCUCCUGAAGAGCACCCUGUGCUACUUACUGAAGCACCCUUGAACCCCAAGGCCAAUAGAGAGAAAAUGACACAGAUCAUGUUUGAGACUUUCAAUGUCCCUGCCAUGUACGUUGCUAUUCAGGCGGUCUUGUCUCUUUACGCCAGUGGCCGAACAACAGGUAUUGUACUGGAUUCUGGUGAUGGUGUCAGUCAUACAGUGCCAAUUUAUGAAGGUUAUGCCCUUCCUCACGCAAUUCUUCGAUUGGAUCUAGCUGGGCGUGAUCUUACUGAUUAUCUGAUGAAAAUCCUGACUGAAAGAGGUUAUUCAUUCACCACUAGUGCUGAACGGGAAAUUGUCCGCGAUAUGAAAGAGAAACUAGCAUAUGUUGCGCUUGACUAUGAGCAAGAAUUGGAGACUGCAACGAGUAGCUCUGCUGUUGAAAAAAGCUAUGAGUUACCAGAUGGUCAGGUGAUUACCAUUGGAGCAGAGAGGUUCAGAUGCCCGGAAGUCUUAUUCCAGCCAUCACUUGUGGGAAUGGAAGCUGCUGGAAUCCAUGAAACAACUUACAAUUCCAUCAUGAAGUGUGAUGUAGACAUCAGAAAGGAUCUUUAUGGCAACAUUGUCCUCAGUGGUGGAACGACAAUGUUUCCUGGUAUUGCUGAUCGUAUGAGCAAGGAAAUUACCGCUCUUGCUCCCAGCAGCAUGAAAAUCAAGGUGGUGGCGCCUCCUGAACGGAAGUACAGUGUCUGGAUUGGAGGGUCUAUCUUAGCUUCUCUCAGCACCUUCCAACAGAUGUGGAUAACAAAGGGUGAAUAUGAUGAAUCUGGUCCUUCUAUUGUUCACCGGAAAUGCUUCUAAGUUGAUCGAUUAGGAGGAGUUCAAUAUUCUCAUUAUCUGCUUCAACAGUUCGGUCGGAGUUCUGAGCAGCACGACGUUGUUAAAGUUGGAAUGUUUUGAGUUCAUAAAGAUGAAGGUUUAUAAUAGGGUGUAAGCUUUUAGAUCGUACCCUAUCUUUUCUUAAUGUCGUUUUGAGUGUUAGUGUUACUACUGUUUUAGGUGUUUAGAGGCGAGUUCUUUUCCUCCUUGCUUUUAAUAAUCUCCAUGUUUUUCUGGAUUUUUGGAUUGUUUUUUCUGUGUAUAUUUCUUAUGCUGAGUAACGUCAGUUUCAUGGCUUAAAAAUCUUUGGUAUAUGCCUGGUCUCUGUAUCGUCUCAAGCUUUAUACUAUGAGAGGCAUAAUAGUGGCGGAAUCAAAUUUUUUACUAAGUGGAUUCAAAAUAUAAAGAAAUAAACGUACAAGAAUUCAAGAGGAUUCAA